UCAGGCACACUGAGGGGUACAUAAUCAGGCACACUGAGGGUACAUAAUCAGGCACACUGAGGGGUACAUAAUCAGGUACACUGAGGGUACAUAAUCAGGCACACUGAGGGGUACAUAAUCAGGCACACUGAGGGUACAUAAUCAGGCACACUGAGGGGUACAUAAUCAGGCACACUGAGGGGGACAUAAUCAGGCACACUGAAGGGACAUAAACAGACAUACGCUAUAAGAGCACGACUGAGGAUAUAUAACCGUUACUAUCUCACCAGAUACCGUUGCUGUACGUCUCUACCUGACAAGUUUAAUGCCUGAUAGUUUUCUGCGCACAACCUAAGGCCCAGCAGAGUCUGGCCGGCGCCAUCUUGUGACGUAUAUUGUCAUAUUGAGCUUCACCGAGAGCGCCAUCUUGCUGCUCCAGUCCCCAUGUUUCUUCACCCAGAAACGCCGCCAUAUUUCUACACCCGAGUUACUGAAAUGCCUGAGAACUAAGCGUACUUCCGGUAGAACCAGGAGACUUCCGUAGUGUGUGUCUGCUCACGUGGUAUUGUACCGGGCGGCAGCAUGGUGCGAUCAACGGGGAAACGGGGCCUGCGGGACAACGAGACACCCCAGGAGGACUUGCUGAUUAACAGUGACAACAAAACCAUAAGUGAUACUGAGAGUGAGGACCUGACUGACACAGACGAGAGUGAGUUCUCAGGCCUGGAGGAUUCUGGGAGUGAUACCACUGAAGAUGAAAAUGAUGAAGAGAAAGCAAAGCAAGUACCAGCAUCCGAAAGAAAAAAGCCUGUUCGCAAGAGCAAGAAACACAAAAAGCAAAUAACAUCUGAGGAACAUCAUGCAGAGACACAGCCUGGAAUGAGUACCGAGUAUGAGCAUGAUUCAUCUGAUGAGGAGGACAUCCGCAAUACUGUGGGUAACAUCCCCAUGGAGUGGUAUAAGGACUUCCCACACAUUGGCUAUGACCUUGAUGGGCGUAAGAUUUUCAAGCCACUAAAGAGUAAAGACCAGUUGGAAGAAUUUUUGGACAAGAUGGAGAACCCUGAUUACUGGCGUACUGUUCAUGACAAAAAAACAGGACAGGAGAUAAAGCUGACAGACGAGCAGGUGGAUCUGGUGGAGAGGCUGCAGCGGGGCCAGUUUGGAGACCUCCAUUACGACCCCUAUGAGCCAGCGGUGGAUUUCUUCACUCACGAGACCAUGAUUCACCCAGUAACAAAUCGCCCAGCGGACAAACGGAGCUUUAUCCCAUCGCUGAUUGAGAAAGAGAAGGUCUCUAAGCUCGUCCAUGCUAUAAAAAUGGGCUGGAUUCGCCCUCGCAAACCUCGUGAUGAUGCACCUAAGUACUACGACCUGUGGGCACAAGAAGAUCCUAAUGCCAUCCUUGGUAGGCACAAGAUGCACGUUCCGGCACCCAGACUACCUUUACCGGGACAUGAGGAGUCUUACAAUCCCCCUCCGGAGUACCUGCUGAGUGAGGAGGAGAGACUUGCCUGGGAGCAGCUUGAUCCAGAGGAUAGAAAACUUCCGUUCCUCCCGCAGCACCACAGCUCCCUGCGAUCUGUGCGCGCGUUUCCUCGAUUCAUACAUGAAAGAUUUGAGCGCUGCCUGGACUUGUAUCUAUGCCCACGCCAGAGGAAGAUGCGGGUAAAUGUGAAUCCUGAGGAUUUGAUCCCUAAACUACCAAAACCACGAGAUUUGCAGCCGUUCCCCACCACACAGUCUAUGGUAUAUCGUGGUCAUACAGACUUGGUGCGCUGUAUCAGCGUGUCCCCCUCUGGGCAGUGGCUGGUGUCGGGUUCUGAUGAUUGUUGUGUUCGAUUCUGGGAGGUUUCCUCUGGCCGCUGUAUGAAGACCGUGCAACUGGAGGGAGCCGUGAAGAGCAUCAGCUGGAAUCCAACCCCAACGCUGGUUCUGGUUGCUGUGUGUGUGGAGCGGUCAGUAGUCCUGUUAAAUCCAGGGCUUGGAGACCGACUGCUCUGCACUUCUACAGACCAGUUUCUGAACUCAUACCAGCCCCCAGAGGAGGAACGGCAGCAGCCUGUGAAGUGGGAGGAGAUGGAGGGGGCAGCACACGAGCAGGGAGUGCGACUGCGUAUCGAGCAUGAAAAGGCCGUGAAGCAGGUCACCUGGCAUGCACGUGGCGACUAUUUUGCUGUAGUGAUCCCAGAUAAUGGCAACUCCCAGGUUCUUAUCCACCAGCUAAGCCGACGCCGUAGCCAGAACCCAUUCCGCAAAAACAAAGGGCAGGUCCAGCGAGUUCUUUUCCACCCAACACGACCUUUCUUCUUUGUGGCGACCCAGCGCUAUGUGCGAGUCUACAACCUGUUAAAGCAAGAAAUGGCUAAGAAACUGCUUGCCAACUGCAAGUGGAUAUCUAGCAUUGCCAUUCACCCAGCAGGUGACAAUCUGAUCUGUGGCAGUUAUGACUCUAAGCUGGCCUGGUUUGACAUGGAUUUGUCUACAAAACCGUACAAAGUACUCAGACACCACAGGAAGGCACUCAGAGGCGUGGCAUUCCACAGACAUUACCCGCUCUUUGCAUCCGGAUCAGAUGACGGCAGCGUCAUUGUGUGUCACGGCAUGGUGUAUAAUGACCUCUUACAGAACCCUCUCAUUGUGCCUGUGAAGGUCCUUAGAGGACAUGAAAUAACACGUGACCUUGGCGUAUUGGAUGUGAUCUUCCACCCCACACAGCCCUGGGUCUUCUCUUCUGGAGCUGACGCCACCAUUAGACUUUACACGUAACGUCUCUUAGUCCAACUUAGUUACCUCUGAUAACAAUCCCAGUGCUGGACCCAGACCAAGAGAAUUAAACAACUGAUUAUCCUGACCACUGGUAGAAUACCUGCAUAAGUAGGGCUGUGAUCUGGUUUUUCACAGGCUGGUUCCCUUGGCAAGUAAAGGGAAAAAAAUACAAAAGCUGUUGUUUUAUAAUAAACAUAUUGUGUAAUUUG